AACAACGUGGUUUCAACCGAAAGUAGAUCUAGAACUUUAGUGUUGAGUAGGCUGUUGGAAGUGUAUUGCAUCACCAUGUCUGAAGUUGCUCUACUCACAGCCCGUGCAGAACAAUCGGAAGCAGAAAUAAGGCAUCUAGAGGAGGAGAUCAAGCGCCUACAAGAUCCUCAGCGUAUGUUAGCUGAUGGAAUCAUAUCCCCAGAGCUGGAAAAACUGAGGACUGAGAACGCAAAGCUACAAUACCAAAUAAACCAUUUGAAACGGAGUGUUGCUACGGAAAAGAAGAGAAAGCCAGAGAACAUGCUGAGUAUUGGGAUCAUUGUGGAGGAGCUAUUUGGCCUGGCUGUCCGUCAUGCCUACCCUGACCUUGAUGACAUCCCUGUUAUGAUACAGGGCAGCUCAAAGUUUGCUGACUACCAGUGUAACAGUGCCUUGGUUAUAUGUGCGAAACUAAAAGCACAGGGUGUAAAGCUGCCCCCAAAGGAAAUUGCACAAAAAAUUGUAGCCAGUCUGCCUGAGUCGGAGUACUUUUCCAAGGUAGAGGCUGCCCCAAAUGGUUUCAUCAAUAUUGACCUCAGCAAGGACUAUGUGUCUGGUCAGAUCAGUAGCGUACUCCAGAAAGGACCAAGCCCUCCGAACGUUGGUAUAAAAAAACGUGUCGUCGUAGACUUCUCCUCUCCAAAUAUUGCCAAGGAGAUGCAUGUGGGACAUCUGAGGUCCACCAUUAUCGGUGAGAGUCUCUGUCGUCUACUGGAGUGGGUGGGGCAUGACGUAUUACGUCUGAAUCACCUCGGAGAUUGGGGCACACAGUUUGGUAUGCUGAUAGCCCACCUCAAGGAUAAGUUUCCUAACUACCUCUCUGUGUCUCCCCCAAUUAAAGAUUUACAAGCAUUCUACAAGGAGUCCAAGGUCCGUUUUGACGAAGAUGAAGCGUUUAAGAAGCGAGCUUAUGAGGCAGUGGUAAAGCUCCAGAACGGUGACGAGGCUCACCUGAAAGGGUGGAAUCUCAUCUGUGAUGUCUCCAGGCAGGAAUUUCAGAAAGUGUAUAAGCGCCUUGGUGUCUCUAUAACAGAGCGAGGCGAGUCAUUCUAUCAACCACUGAUGGGGGCCAUAGUGAAGGAGUUAGAAGAAAAGGAGCACCUGGUCCUAGAAGAAGGUCGGAAAAUAAUGUAUAUACCAGGGGCCCCGGCUCCUCUGACAGUCGUCAAGUCUGAUGGGGGAUUCACCUAUGCCACAUCUGACCUUACUGCCAUCAAACACCGGCUCCAUGUGGAGAAGGGAGACUGGCUGCUCUACGUUGUUGAUGCUGGACAGAAUCUCCACCUGCAGUCCAUCUUUGAUGCGGGAGUGAUAGCAGGCUGGUACGACCCGAAACAAGCACGAGUGGAACAUGUCAUGUUUGGUGUCGUCCUUGGAGAAGACAAGAAAAAGUUUAAAACUCGUUCAGGAGAGGUUAUUCGACUGGUGGAUUUGUUAGAUGAAGGUGUAAAGCGAGCGGAAAUGAAACUUGUGGAAAAAGGCAGAGACAAGGAAUUGACAAAGGAGGAGAUGAAGAAAGCAAUGGAAGCUGUAGCGUAUGGAUGUAUAAAGUACAACGAUUUAUCUCAUAACCGUAACCACGAGUAUGUCUUCUCUUUUGAUAGGAUGUUGGAUGACCGAGGAAACACUGCAGCGUACCUACUGUAUGCCUACACCCGGAUCAGGUCCAUUGCUCGUACGGCCCAAGUUUCUCCUCAGCAAUUAAAGGAGGCUGCAACAAAGACAAAAAUUGUGCUUGACCACCCGAAGGAAUGGAAGCUUGCUAAGUGCCUGCUGCGUUUCCCCGAGAUUAUCCUCAAGUGUCUGGACGAUCUUCUGAUACAUACUCUGUGUGACUUCCUGUACGAGGUGGCCACAACCUUCUCCGAGUUUUACGACAGCUGCUAUUGCAUAGAGAAAGACAAAUCAGGUAAAAUUGUCAAGGUGGACAUGAGUCGGAUCUUACUUUGCGAGGCUACCGCCAGUGUCAUAGGCGCGGGAUUCCACAUCCUCAGUAUCACUCCUGUUGACAAAAUGUGAUCCACCAACCACUUGUGGCAUACUUUAGCAUCAUCAUCAUAUCUGUCUGUGACUGGUGAAUGCUGUUUGGAAGUGAAGGCCAUCACAACUGUACUAAAAGACUGAAGGAUCAAGUGUGAAGAUUGAAGUUAAUCUUUUGUUUGACUAAACUUUAAAAGUCUAAGGUUCUUCAGUUAAAAAAGUCAUAGACAUAAGAAACUUUAUUUUUCUGAAUAUUCCUGGUAUAUGAAUUAUUUUAUCUGCAUCAUCUAUAACAACAUAUAUAGGAAGGUAAUUUCUUUUCAGAUACUGACAGUGGUUUAGGAAAGUGAAAGAAAUUCUUGUAAUUUGAAUGUUAUGAUAUGUUAUAACAUUGCAGGAACCUUGAUGUUAGAAUUCUACUAUGAAUGUGUUGGAAUACUCUUCUUCCUAUUGUUACUGAUGACUAUUACUAGUAAAUAAAUUAUGAAGAU